AUUGUCUUCAGUAUUAAUCUGACAGUAGUACUCAACGCACUAUUAUUGGUCCAAUCGCUUCGGGAUUGAACCAUGGCAUUUCAACUUUUACUGACGCUUGUUGUUAUAGCAGUAUUGUGUAUUGCCUAUGUGAAGAAAAAGUACAGCUACUGGGCAAACUAUAAUGUUCCGUAUUUGGAGCCGGAGUUUCCGUUUGGAAAUUUUAAAGAAGCUAACCACAUCUCGAUGGCAGAUAUGUCAACGAAACAGUACCGAUUGAUGAAAGAUAAGGGACCUUUCUUCGGAAUGUAUUUCUUCCUUCGACCACUCAUCAUGGUUACCGAUUUGGAUCUCAUAAAGACCAUCUUAAUUAAGGAUUUCAGCUUUUUCCCGGACCGUGGAACGUUUUUCAACCAUAAGGAUGAUCCCAUCAGUGCUCAUCUUUUUGCGGUUGAGGGCAACUACUGGAGAACACUGCGGACCAAAUUAACGCCAACUUUCACUUCCGGAAAGAUGAAACUGAUGUACCCGACUCUAAAAGCAGUGGGUAAUAAUUUUGCCGAUUUUUUGGAACAAGUGGUUGAUCAAGGAAAAGAGUUAGAAGUCAAAGACUGCAUGGCUCGACUAACGGUGGAUAUCAUAGGAAGUUGUGCCUUCGGUAUCGAGUGCAAUAGUUUUAGCGAUCCUGAUAGUCGGUUCCGGAAAUUUGGCACCCAGGUGUUUGACAAACCGAGACAUCGAGGUUUAGUUAGAUUAUUUCUGCGUCUUUUCCCGGAGGUAGGAAGAUCGUUGCGUAUAAAAGCCGUUCAUGAUGAUGCAUCCGAUUUUUUUCGGGGUAUUGUUAAAGAUACUGUAGAAUACCGUCAGCAGAAUGGAAGUACUCGGAAGGAUUUUCUGAACUUACUGUUGGAACUGAAACACAGUGAAGUACCUUUAAGUAUGGACGAAAUCGCUGCACAAUCUUUUAUCUUCUUCAUUGCCGGAUUUGAAACAUCUUCUUCCAAUCAAACGUACUGUCUCUACGAACUCGCAUUGAACCAAGACUGCCAAGAUAAGGCUAGAAAAUGCGUAAAGCAAGCAAUUGAAAAACAUGGAGGCCUAACCUAUGAAGCUGUUUGUGAUAUGGCUUAUUUGGACCAAUGUAUCAAUGAAACACUUCGAUUAUACCCUUCGGUGCCAGUUCUUGAACGAAAAGCUUUCAAAGACUACAAAAUGCCGAACAGCAAAGCCAUCAUUCCAAAGGGCAUGAAAGUUCAAAUCCCUGCCUUCGCCAUUCAUCGUGAUGAAAGUAUUUAUCCGAAUCCGAUGGUGUUUGAUCCAGACAGGUUUUCUCCCGAAGAAGUUGCCAACAGGCAUCCGUGUGCUUUUCUUCCAUUCGGCGAAGGUCCACGGAUAUGUAUUGGCCUCAGGUUUGGAAUGCUGCAAUCUCGAGUGGGACUGGCAACGGUUCUGAACAGCUACAGGGUAACACCGUGCUCUAAAACAACGAUUCCAUUGGAGUAUUCUAGCACUGCUGCAGUUCUUCAGCCAAAAGGAGCUGUGUGGUUGCGCUUUGAACCUCUAUAGAGUAUUCAUCAUGUUUUGGAUUGAUUUUCGGUUUGAUUCUGAAAUAAACCAAAG